AUGCAUGACAAUCUUCAUGACGAGUUCUAUGGCUUUAAAAAUGAAGAAGGUGAACUAAGUAGAAAAAAGAGAAAGAGAAAAUCUAUAUUUUCAUCAAAGAAACUUCUCCGAUUCCGUAAGCAGUCGACCAGCAAAUUUCUUUGAGGGAUUGAGGAAUCAUACAUCUCAAGUCCUAAGAAUGGAAGUACUUUGAACAAUAGUGGUGGAUUCUCAACAAAGAAAAGUUCAAAGAAUUAUCUAGGCUUCUCGCAUGCUUUUGAGAUGAAAAAGAUUAAAGAAAAGCAGAGGCCUAGACUAAAGAGUCAAAUUGCUAAUAGGAGCAAUAAGUCAAGAUUAUCUCAAAAGAGAAAAGACAAACACUUUAAGAUGAAGAACAGCCUUAGUAGAGAUAGAGCAAACACCAAAGAAAAUUCAAUUUCUGGUGAAAUAUCAAAAAGUCCAGAGUGACCACAAAUAGAAAAUAAUAGGAACUCUCAAAAGCACUUCUUUUCAAACAAGAGCGAUAAGCAUGAACCUCUCACACCUUACAGUAAAGUAAGAAUUAGAAAGAAUCUCAUGGAUGAGUUCUGAUAUAUUGAAGAGAAUCCUGAAAUGAUUCACAGAAUUGAAAACAUCAAACGUAAAAGAGCCAAUAGGAAGUAUUUAAAGAUAUCAAAUAAAACAAAAAGGAACAGUAAAAGCAUCACAACUAGUAGCACCAAAGCAAAAUCAUGCAAAAGAAAGCAGAUAAAGAAAGCAAGGAUCCACUUCCAGUCUAGCCUCAAUGCUAAACUUGCGACUCAUAGAGAAGAAAUCAUUAAGCACUCUGACAUUCCAAACACAAUAUACCAAGAGACUAUUUAA